GUCUCGAAAUGUGGCUAAUUCUCCUGCUCUGUCUCUUGCUAUUGACUCUGGCCCUCUGGGCCAGGAGCGCUCAGGGGUCUCGGGGCAAGCUGCCCCCUGGCCCCACACCACUACCACUGCUUGGGAACCUGCUACAGCUCGGCUCUUCCAAGAUGGACCAGUGCCUCAUGGAGCUGAGCUGCCGCUAUGGGCCGGUGUUCACCGUGCACCUGGGUCCGCGGCCGGCAGUGGUGCUGUGCGGCUCGGCAGCACUGCGGGAGGCGCUUCUGCUGCAGGGGGAUGCCUUCAGCGGUCGCGGGGCCAUGCCCACGUUCGAGCGUUUCACCCGGGGCAACGGUGAGCGAGCGAGCUAGAGCGGGUGGGCGAAGGGGGGGGGCCUUUAUCCUGCGUGUGUCCGUCCGUUCGUACCUGUCUCUCCACUCCUCGUGUCUCUGCUCCUGUCUGUGCCCCCAGCGUCUUUUCCUCAUGUCUCUCUGCUCCUCCCUGUGUUCCUAUGAUUGUGUGUACCCCUGUUCGUACCGCUGUUACCCCCGCUACUCUCUGUCCUCGUGUCUUUACCCGUUGUGUCUCCCCGCCCCCAUCUCCCUGUGUCUCCCCCGUCGCCGUCGGCCCCUGUGCACCCGGGUGUCCUGUUCCCCUCUCUGUCUGCCCCGCUGCCCCUUCCCUCGCCUGACUUGUUCCCUCUUCCCCCGCCUCUCCAUCGCCUCCUCCUACUCCGUCUGUUCCCCCCUGUUCUCCGUGUUCCCCCUGUUCGUCCUAUCUUU